UCUUUUUUGAUAUUACACACGGCUAUACAGAUUUUACAUUUCCCAACCUUAUGGUUUAUUUUUAAUUUUUUUUUUUAAACCUUUGAACUCCCACCAGACCGUGCAAGUUUUUAUAUUCAGGUCGUCAAAUACACCACAAUAUCACAUUAAUAUUCUCCAAUUUGGAGUAGUAACCCGAUCCAAACACCCAGUGUACAUCAACGAUUUGCCGGCGAUAAUGGACAACAAAGAUGACGAAUUACCUGACAAAGAUGCAGCCAAAGAAUUUUAUGCCAGAUAUGAACCCAAAGAAAUAUUGGGAAGAGGUGUUAGUUCGACUGUACGACGAUGCGUAGAAAAAGAGACUGGCAUGGAAUUUGCAGCUAAAAUUAUAGACCUAAGUAAUGAUCCUGAAAAUAGAGGAGCUACUUUAGAAGAAAUCAACAUUCUAAGAAUGGUUAUUGGACAUGAAUAUAUUAUACAUUUACAUGAUGUAUUCGAGUCGGAGACAUUCAUAUUUUUGGUAUUUGAACUUUGCAGAAAUGGCGAAUUGUUUGAUUAUUUAACCAAUGUUGUAACAUUGUCUGAGAAAAAAACCAGGUAUAUAAUGAGACAAUUAUUUGAAGCUUUGCAACAUGUCCAUAGACAAGGUGUUGUACAUAGAGAUAUCAAACCCGAAAAUAUUUUGCUCGACGAUGCACUGGAUAUAAAGCUAACUGAUUUUGGUUUUGCAAGUGUUUUAAAACCUAAUCAAUUACUCAGAGAUUUAUGUGGCACACCAAAUUAUUUAGCUCCAGAAGUAUUAAAAGUAAAUAUGUUUGAUGAUGCUGAAGGAUAUGGAUUCUCAUGUGAUCUGUGGGCAUGUGGUGUAGUUAUGUAUACAUUAUUAAUUGGUUGUCCUCCGUUUUGGCACCGUAAACAGAUGAUUAUGUUGAGAAAUAUAAUGGAAGGAAAAUACACAUUUAAUUCUCCGGAGUGGCAGGAUAUUUCUGAGGCGCCAAAAGAUUUAAUUAGAAAACUAUUAGUUUUGAAUCCAAAUGAAAGGUUGACAGUAGAUGAAGCACUGGAACAUCAAUUUUUCAAUGUUAAAAUGUUUGAUCAAGAAAUUGCACCACUAAAGAGAACAUUAAGCUUGAGUUCAUCAAAAUUCAAUCAAAUUUCAAAACUGGCUAAACAAAUUAAAGUGAGGCCAUUUAAUGCUCGUAAGAAAUUUUUAUAUGCUAUCCUUGUAGUGCGUGUGAUGAUAAGGUUAUUACAAUUGCUACCAUGUACAGCUGGUAUGAUUUCUGUAAAAUUGGUUAAACAAGAUCCUUACAGGCAUAAAAUUUUGAGAAAACUUACUGAUGCUAUGGCAUUUAGAGUCUAUGGCCACUGGAUUAAAAAAGGAGAAGGGCAAAAUAGGGCUGCUCUUUUUGAAAACACACAUAAGACUGAAUUAAAAGUAAUUUACAUGAGUAAUUUAUCACCAUCAUUAUAGAUAUAUAAGUAAUGUAAUUAUUAUAUUUAAGAUAGUCAUUGUAGAGACUGUGUUGUUAAAUCUUAUUAUUAAAAUAAUCAAUUAAGCUUUAUUUAAAAGAAUAUCUUCCAUUGUUAACUUUUUAUUAGUUUUGUUGUAUUAUUGAUGUUAAACAUUAUACAUUUAUGAUUAAGUACUAGUGAUUAAUUCUAGUAUAAUUGUUAUAAAUUAGUUGAAUAAUAAUAAAAUUUGAUUUGAAAUUGU